CUAUGUCAAAGAUUUACGGGUGGAACUUUUUCAAUCCAUGUUCGUGUGUUACAAGAAACUACAGUUAUUUGCACAAACUUCUGAAGAGAUUUUACUUAUUCUGGAUCGAGUGCAUACACUGGAUACAUUUCGUUCUUAGCUUUUGUAUACUGGUGCCUUUACAUUCAAAUAAAACGCCGUGCAUCUCAUGGUACUCGAUCGUUAACAAUGAUAUCUUUGCCAAAGUAGGCGUCGUUACUUUUACCUUCGUGUUUGCCGUAAUAUUUAGUAUUGUUAAAAGAGUAAAAUUAAAUACAAAAAUAAAACUAAGAAAUUCAAAUUACCUCUGCCAAAAUAAGCUGUUUUCUAUCAUUAAUUACACACGAAUAGCCACAGUGAUUAUGACAAUAAUUAUCACAUUAUGGCUUCAGUUUUUGAACGUAUUUUUCUUUUAUCACGAUUUAAAAAAAAGAGAAUUGUUCAAAUUCGAAGCACUUUUCUGUAGCAUCGAAGCUGGAAUAUGGAUGACAUUGAUGAGUGGCGGUUUGGUAUACCUCUGUUUCUUUCUUUUCUUGCUUGCAGUUAGUUUAACAAAAGCAUUUCAGAAAGUAUCGGAAGAACUGUACUUACUAAGAAAGGAUAAUCCAAAUUUGGAACUUGAAUUGGAAGAAAUUAUGGCACAACACCAUGAAAUUUGGACAUACACCAAUCAACUCAACGGACCUUUCAAUUAUGUAUUGACGAUUUUGUAUGCUACUUUAUUAACAGAAACGUGUCUACUUUAUUUUAUCUUAAUUUUUUCGGAAAUGAAUUUUGCAUUGAAAAUCUUUGUUUUUUUAAUUUGUGUUGUAAUAAGUUUCGGCUGUAUUUUAGUUGGAUUUGUAAUGUCUGUUUCCACGUCAAAAAUGCAAACAUCCUUUCAAGAUAUAAGAAGAUUUGCUAAUUGCGAUCUGAGUUUAGAACAGAAAUUAAAGAUGCUGAAUUUUAUGAAGAGAUUUGGUAAAGUGUCUCUAUGCUUAUCUGCUAAUGAUUACUUCAACGUCACCAAGAAAUUUCCGAUUAAGAUGGCGAGUUCCCUUUACUCCGUAUUUUCUGGUCUUCUGAAUCUGAGAACAGCUUCGAGACAUAAUACUCUGUAGUUGAUAUGUUCAAUGUACCUGUUUCCA